CCGAACGUGAAAACACAAGCACUGUUGUGUCUGUGGAAGGCACUCUGCGUGGGGGUGAACGCUUGAUGCUACUGGUGGUCUUGAGGGGGAGUCGUUCCGAUCAUGUUUGAUUUUUAAUUACCAACGGUUUGACGUACAACGGAAAUUGAGGGAAACGCUUUGCGAACACUGUUCCUACUGUUUGCCCGUAUAGCUGGACUGGACUGGCGGACCUUGUACAGAUGCUGCCCCAGCGGAGAAGGUGGCAUGAAUAAGAAGGAGGGGAGGAUGUGUUCUCGUUUUCCAUACGGAUAACAUUUGUCUUGCGGGAAAAACGUGGAUAUCGUGAGGCGAACCCGUUACUUUUCCUCCCCCGUUUCGCUAUGGGACAGUGUGCGCAUAUUGCUUUGCCGAAUGGAUUUUUGGGCGUCAAAGUGCCUCUGGGCCGCAGUUUGGCGUACGGAGUCCGAAUUCGGGGACUAGAUAGCUAGCCGUGCUAGCCGCAGUUACCCGAUGCUGCUGCUAUCGCGCGGAUCCACACGGGAACACAAGCGGCUGGAGUCUUGGGCCCUGGCGUUGCGAGAGCUAUUGCUUUAUCGGAGGAAGAUCCCCAGAGAAAUUAUUUGUUAUGUGAUGCUUUGCAUGUUGUCUUUCAGACUCUUUUAGCCAGAUCAAACGUUGCUAUACAGUGGGAAAAUGGGUUUUGCUGCAAUGUGUGGACAAAAUAGUGCAAGGGAGAACACCAACAACAGCAGUCAGAAUGGGCGAGUUAAAUGAGAACAAUCAGCUGGUAUCUAAAAGUCGCUCGUUCAACCUUUCUACGUCUAUGAUACACUGAUCGCGCCACGCGUUUCCCCCCUCAUAUUAUACAUAACGUACAACCAAGAAUUGAAGGGGAAAUAUGGAUAAACUGACUAUAAUAUCAGGGUGCCUCUUUUUGGCUGCAGAUAUCUUUGCAAUAGCCAGUAUUGCAAAUCCGGAUUGGAUCAACACUGGUGAAUCGGCAGGUGCGCUGACGGUGGGUCUGGUGCGGCAGUGCCAGACCAUCCACGGGCGGGACCGGACCUGCAUCCCGCCGCGGCUCCCGCCCGAAUGGGUCACCACACUGUUCUUCAUCAUCAUGGGCAUCAUCUCGCUCACCGUCACCUGUGGCCUCCUGGUGGCGUCACACUGGCGCCGCGAAGCCACCAAGUACGCCCGCUGGAUCGCCUUCACCGGCAUGAUCCUGUUCUGCAUGGCGGCGCUCAUCUUCCCCAUAGGCUUCUACAUCAACGAGGUGGGGGGCCAGCCGUACAAGCUGCCCAACAACACGGUGGUGGGCUCCUCCUACGUGCUGUUUGUGCUCUCCAUCUUCUUCACCAUCGUGGGACUACUGUUUGCUGGGAAGGUCUGCCUCCCGGGCUGACGGCCGUGCCAACGCCCGCCGUCCUGGAGCUACCGAAGGGGGGGCGUUUGGAGGAGCGUUUGUUUUUAGUCCGUUAAUUUUUACAGAACAGACGAAAAAAGAAGAAUAUCAACAAACAAACGAGGAGAACAAACGAGUCGAGCCCGUCCCCGUUUUGUGGCCGGCUCCGCGGGGGGGGGGUUGGAGGGGAGGGAAACGUCUUAAGCGCAGAGGGACGUCUGCCACAUCUCCCGAAGGCUGGCUCACCGUCAUCGGACGUGAAAAAGGAAUAAACGAACCGAGGGAGAGGGAGAGAGAGAGAGAGAGAGAGAGAGGGGGAGGGAAGGGGAUCUCCGGACUCAGACCGCUGGAGGGCUGCGGGGACAGCCUAGGCCUUCCCUGCCCAGGUUUAUUUAAAACAUACUUUGGUCCUCUCCUUAUCUCGGUCUAUGUUUGUAUUUUUUGGGUUGUUCUCUUUCGGUGCACUUUUUUUGGAGCGUGAUCUCGGAGACAGCUGGCAUUCCUGGGAGACGGGGUGGAGGCGGGGGGGAAAACA